AUGAGCCGUGGUUUUCCAAACCAUGAACGAGGAGCACAUGGCAAGCAAAAACAUCAAGGCCACGAACAAAUGCACGCAGAAAUGCUCUUGAUCUUGUUUUUUGCAUUAAUUGUUGGCCAAAUCGUAUUAGUGAAAUGGAAAGAAAAGCAUUUUACAUCGUUCCAAGCAGUUACCCUUAUCGGAAUGUGGACAAUUCCAUUCUACUAUAGUAUAGUAAAAUUAUUUUGGAGAAUGUUAAUUGUUUGGACAGUAUUUACAAUAAUAUCUGGUUACCUGUUAUAUAGAAGUAUUCGUGGCCCUAUUUAUGGUUCUAUACCUAGGCGAAUCUAUAGCUGGUUUUAUUUUAUAUAUAAAGUAACGUAUUUUUUAGGAAUCAUGGGGUACCUCGUUGUACUAGGGGUAUUUUUAGGCAUCAAUGUCUUAGUGGGUAUUCGUCCGGACAUAGCAUUAAGUGCAGGGUUUCUUGCUAUUUUCUACGCGAUGUAUUAUGGUGUAUUAGCAAGAGAUAUUGCUGAAAUUUGUGCAAACCGUUUAGCCAGUAAAUUAGGGUUUUAUACAGGAACUGGACUCCCUAAACGACAGUUAACCGACGACUUAUGUGCAGUUUGUGGGCAAAAAUUACCUGAAAGCUAUGUAGUCGUAGGUAAUACGAGUGUUAAUGACGAUGAUGAAGGCGACUCAAGCUCUAUUACAACACCCGAAAAAACGUAUAGGCUUUCUUGUAAUCACUUAUUUCAUGAAUUUUGCAUCCGUGGAUGGUGUAUUGUUGGAAAAAAGCAGACUUGCCCAUACUGCAAUGAAAAAGUCGAUCUCAAGCGGAUGUUUCCGAAUCCUUGGGAAAAAGUCCACGUCGCUUUUGCUCAAUUAUUAGACUUUGUCCGUUACCUUAUUGUUUGGCAACCAUUAAUUAUUUCAGUAGUACAAGGAGUUAAUUAUAUCCUUGGUUUAAAGUAG